CUCUCAGUACAAGUUGUUACAUUGCAUUGCUCAGCGCUGGGUGACUUUUUCUUCAGCUGCACCCAUGACUCUCCAUACACGACUUCUACAUGGAUCUGGACUGUGUUUUUUCUUUGCAUUGCAGACACUUUUCAUGUUACAAGCUGACGGGUUGCGGUGUUAUGCCUGUAACAUCAUACAUGACCAGAGGUACGUGGACGUAGGCUGCUCCCGCCCUGAAGUCAUCACCUGCUCCCACUCACACAAGGGCUUCAAGCAUCGCUUCUGCAUCAGGACCGAAAGUGUUGCAUUGGGCAUCAUGCUGACCAGUGGCUGCGCAACAUCACGCCACUGCCACACGGAGGAGCUGCCAGGAGUCAAGAUCCACUGCUGCGACUCUGAUCUGUGCAACAGCGCCAUCCGCUGGCAAAAACACACACUGCUGCCUAUUUGCUCAUUGACGUUUGCUUUGUUGCUACAAAUGGUGGUGCUGUCGACGAAAUAAAUUUGCACUUUGAACUUUGCAAAUCACGACAGCUACCCUUUCUGCCUAUUGCAAGUCAUUAAAAGAAGGGUCUUAAAAAAAAUUAAUCUGUGAACACAGACUCUGGUAUUUUGUAUUGUGUUAAUCACACAAGUAUUCAGUGUGCAAAAUUAAAUUAGUUGUUGUGUAAUAGUUCUUCAUGUAUCAUAUUUUAUCAUAAGCUUAUAGUUCUCUUUGGAUCUACAUGGACUGGGCUACAUGGUAGUGUUAUACUGAUAAUUUAUAAAACUCACCCUAAGCCUGAUAGGAACUUUUCUAACAAUUGUUCAGCCAAAGAAUGAAAUAAGAGGUUGAUGAUGUUUACAUUUAUAUUUAUUUUAUGGGAUGAACCUUUAUAUGCCUUUUCGGGAAUUGUAUAUACAGUGUGGGAUGUUUUGUGUGUUAAUUGACUGGUUGUACAUCAAAUGGCCUAAUUCCUCGGUUAGAAGGAAUGGCAGCUACUCCAGAGUACAGCCCAAUAUAUUUAUUGUGAAGAAAGAAUCAUAAGAUGUGUGAAUGUAUGGUGUAAGUAUGGUUUCUGUGAGAAAAACAGAAAUAAACAUGAUACAUAUUUGUACAUAUGCUAAGCAACCAUACAGCAAUGUAAUAAUACUGGUAACAAAUAGUAUAUAAGUUUAGAAACUUGGUUAUACAGCAGUGAACAAGAACAUCUAUCUAUCUAAUAUGAUCGCAAAAUGCUGACAUAUUAAAGCAAGCAAGUCUUUCUCUGCUGCUGCUAAUGAGCAGUGUCAGGUUACAUCAGCAAGAGAUCUCUGCAUGGUGACUUGCAGGUUCGCUCGUUAUAAUA